AUGGCCAGCAGCCUUCCUGCGGAAUUGGUGCGUAAGGUGUUGCUUCACCUUAAGGUCGACACCUCUACGAAAUCCUCCCGGGACUUGGUCAAGACGCUUGGUGUCUGCAGGGCUUGGCGUCAAAUAGGCUAUGAGGUGCUUUAUACCGACAUAUUCAUGACAGAAGUCCAACUCGCAAAGUUCGCGGAAUCCUGGCCUGCUGGGCAAGAGUUGACUCGGUCGCUUAGCAUCAGCAUUUCCUGCAAAGACUCUUUACCAUACGAUUCCGAUACAGCAUAUACCGCCUCGAAUAUCAAUGAGGAUGUGUUGACAGCGAUACAGAGAAUAGCUGGGAUCGUGCAUGGCAUGGUACGGUUGGAGAGUUUCAGCUUGGUGGUGACCCCAAGGGUAUCUCCACCACGGAACGAUGCAAUGUGUGCGGCCGUGCAUACUGCACUCCCAGAGAUUCUUCAAGCGUUGCCCGGCUCCCUGAAACAUCUGGAAAUUGAUGCCGUCGGUGGCCUCUUUAGGAAGUGUUCGUUGGACCAGACGCACUACUGUCCCUUGUUGAGAGAGAGAAUGCCAUCGUUGUCCAGCUUACGUCUCAGGGUUCGCCACCUGUGUGAACAGCUUUUUCAAAAGGACUAUAUCGAACAUCCACACGACCAAAAUUCCCGGCCCAGGGACGGUGCAAUGGAAUGCACUAUUCUCAUCAACGUUCUCGAAUAUGAUAUUGACUUUACUCGCUGGGCAUCCUUUCUUGCAUUCUGUCGAGCCAAAUUCUAUGCGAGGGAGAUUCUGCCAGAACUUAUUCUGGCUGCUAGCUCGGCGAUUGCAAACGGUAGAUGUCAGAACCCGCAACGACUCUCUUUCUUUGCACAAAGGCGGGCGGGAGGUGUACAAUGCUAUUAUUCCGCCAUCAAUGAACUGGUGCUGGCCCCAGGCGUCAAGACAUUGAGAUAUCCGUUCCGGGAAAUUCGAAACAAGGUUAGAGUCUUUCUACGUUACCGAGGACCGGAUGGGUCAGAGGGAGAAGCUUGGGGGCGGUUGACCGGUCUCAUGGACAUCGUAGAGGGCCAAGUCUGGACCCAAACAGUUGAAGGGUACAGGCUGCCCAGUGUCUACCUGAAGCAGAAUUCGCGGUUUGAUGGGUCCGUGUUCAAAAGAACGUUUUUGUCCAAGGAGCAAGCAGGGGCUCGAGCCAGAGGCAGAUUAUUCGAUAAGGAGAAAACCGAAGGUCGUCAGCUCUUACGGGUGCGAGAGAUCCCAGGCUUGGAGAUGAGAUGCAUCCAGCGGGAUCGUACAAGGAGAGAAAUCGAGAAAGCAGCGUCUUUUUCGAACCAGCUUCUUGAUUCUGCGGAGACUGACUCUGAGAGUGACCCUGAAGGCUUGUGUGAAUCUGUUGAAUUAGCUUCUGAGGACGAAGACGAAGAGGAAGACUACGAGCGUGCUCCGUCAACAAGAUCAGGCAGUGAGAUCGCUGGUGAGGACCAGAGUGAGUAG